AUGGAACUUGCCCCAAAUAUGUUGUUUUCAACCAGCAGCCAAGUGCUGAGCGACAAGUCGUCCCCGGCUCCCUCUGAGAACGAGUUCUCCGAUUGCUCGGUCAACAGCUUACUACAAUCGGGAAAAGUGUCGAGAAUGUUUGGAGACCCAAGCAGCAGCGUACCAGAUCCAGAGUUAUCUGAGGGGAGAGAGGCUAUCAACCUCAUGUCAACCAAGAUUCUGGAGAUCAUCUUUGAUUAUGCCUUGAACAAAUUCGAUGAUUGCCGAAAACGGCUCGAGGCUGGAAGACCCAGGUUCAUAGAGGUGCUCAAUGGUUUUGUAGGAGCAGGAGCCAAGAUCGACAUGGCUCUUCCCGCAUUUCCCUUCAAAUCAGCCAACAAAGUCUACAAGGCUCUGGAUUUUUUACCAGACAAAGCUGAGGAGCUUGCCCUGGACCGUUUACACAACAUGUGCAGCCGUAUCGAGGAGAUUUACGAGCCGGGUGCCAAAGUUGUCAUUAUCUCGGAUGGACUAGUCUACAAUGAUUUACUGAGCAUGUCCGACAGACAUACUUGGCUGUAUGGACAGGCCUUGCGAGCAAUGGCUAUUGAGAAAGGGUUCACCAACGUUGUGUUCUCUAGACUACGAAACUUUGUUCCUCCCGAUUCAGAUUUCAAACUACCAGACACAUUGGACGAGAUCUCUUACGUGGCCAAUGCCACGAACUUCCGUCGUUUUAUCCUCAAUAACUUUGGCAAAGAUGACUUGGAUGUGGAUUACCUCAUCGCUGUUGAUGAAGAUACCCGACUGACGUAUCAGGGAUAUCGAAGAUUCUUGAUGUCUGAUUUGAGGCACAUUUUCACGCUUGGAGACGAUCGGACCGGUAAAGCGUACAAGAGAGAGACAAAGUAUCUGGCCAAGCAGAUGCUUGCUCGAGGAUAUGCUUUCGCCGGAGCAAUCAAGCACAACUUUCCGCAUCAUUUGCGGCUCUCUAUUCAUCAGUCCACCGGCGAGCACAAAGUCUCGAUGAGCUUGCUAAACACAAAAACCGGGUUCACAACGCCUUGGCAUUGCAGUGUUGCUCUGAUGGCCGAUGGAGAAUGGGUCAGCGCUCCGAUGGGCGAUUUCAAAAAAAAUCCCAGGAUGAAGAUCGUUGAAGAAUAUGGCCGUCCAAGCUACUUCAGGGAGAUGACAGAGGAGGAGUUCCUUGAAGAACGAAAACGAGCAGAGGAAGCGGCACGGCAGACUGGGGUGCCCGAAGUGAAAGAGCCCCAGAAGCAAGAGAGAAAUGAAGAUUUUGUCCAUUGGGAAGGUCUCACUUAUGAUGUCAUGAAUGGCGGCAAAACGAAACGACUUCUGGAUGAAGUGGAUGGAUGGCUUAGGGGCGGAACGGUGACGGCAUUGAUGGGAACCGGCGGCGCUGGCAAGACUGCCCUUCUCGAUGUAUUGGCCAAUAGGACGAAUUCAGAUGUCGUUCGUGGUGAUAUUUUAGUGAAUGGCCUGCCUCGGAAUAUGGCAUCCGAGAAUGUGUCAGCCAUGGUCUGUCAACAAGACCUGCAAUUUCCUCCUACGACGGUCAAGGAGUUGUUGAUCUUUAGUGCUCUUCUAAGGCAACCAAGCACAACUCCUUGCGUCGAGAAGAUUGCCUAUGCUGAAGAAGUACUAAACCUUAUCGGCAUGGAAGCACUUGCCGAUGCUACUGUUGGAACGUCCGGAGAGUAUUUAAGCAGCGAACAGCGAAAGCGGUUGUCAAUUGGGGUCGAACUUGCUGCCAAACCGACUGCCGUGCUGUUGCUCGACCAGCCACUUGCGGGUAAAUAUUGUCGCCAUCAAUUAGAGACACAUUCCAUUGACUCAGCGCACUCAAAUAUAGGUCUAGACAGCCAAGCUGCUCUUUCAAUAUGUCAGCUUUUGCGCCGGCUUGCACAAAAUGGCCUGGCCAUUCUUUGCGUCGUCCAUCAACCUUCUACACGACUUCUCCAGACUUUUGACCGACUGCUCCUUCUCGGGAAAGGGGGAAAGCAGCUAUAUUUUGGUAAGAUUGGUCUUUCAUGCAAGACCAUGGUCAGUUAUUUCGAGCGAAAUGGGGCCAGGCAUUGCGCUGCAGAUGAGAACCCUGCAGAAUGGAUGCUCGAUGUCACUUCUUCAAGCGAAGACUACAGUGAGAUCUGGAAAACUUCUCCAGAGCGCAAGGCCAUCAAGAGCAAGCUUGCACAGCUAAAGAAGAAAUUCUCGGUAAGAGCAGAUCUGCUCGAUGGCUCCGACAGAUCAAAUGCGGUUCCGCAAACAACGACAGUGUCAGAUGCUUUGGCCCUGCAGCGGGCUUUCUACAAAUAUAAAUUUCUGGAAAACAUGCAACUGCCUGCUACGUCGGUCAAAGAUUCCUUCCCCCCUUGGUUCACGAAUGGGGCAGUUCUUCCUACACCAGCCUACUUUUUAUGA